AUGAGCUCGGACAAAACAAAUAUCCUCAAGAAAUACAAGAUUGUCUUUUUAGGAGAUCAAAGUGUUGGUAAAACCUCUCUUAUUACGAGGUUUAUGUACGAUACAUUUGACGAGACAUAUGCAACUACAAUAGGGAUUGACUUUUUAAGUAAAACCAUGUACCUUGAAGAAGGGAAGACUGUGAGAUUACAAUUAUGGGAUACAGCAGGACAAGAAAGAUUUCGAUCGUUGAUUCCUUCAUACAUUCGUGACUCGCAUGUAGCGGUAAUAUGUUACGAUAUAACAAACAAAAAGUCAUUUUUAAAUCUCGAUAAGUGGAUCAAGGAUGUUAAAGUGGAAAGAGGCGAUGAUGUGGUGAUUGUGCUAGUGGGCAACAAGCUGGAUCUAGCUAGUACCAAACGGCAAGUGAGCGUCGAAGAAGUGGAGCAAUUGCAUAAUAAGAUUGGGUCUAAAUUUUUCAUAGAGACGUCAACAAAAGCUAAUCACAAUGUCAAGCUAUUAUUUAAGAAAAUUGCCCAAUCUUUGCCUGACUUUAACAAUGAUGAAAAUGACGAGAAUAGGGAACCGGCUAAUGCAGAUAAACCAGAAACUAUAAACAUUACGAUUGAGAAUGACGAUAAAAAUCAAGGUACGAGCUCGUGUUGCUAG